AAGAAGAAGAAGAGGAAACAGAGCCUCUCUCUCUCUCUCUCUCUCUCUCUCUCUCUCGGUCCAUCUAUGGCCAAGUCAAAAAGCACCAAGAACAAGGUCUCUUACAUUUCAGUCCCUUCUCAGAUUAUCAACUCUCUCUCUGCAUCUUCUCUGCAAUCCCUCCUUACUUCACCCAAGAAAUCUUCAAGGAGCAAAGCUAGGUACUUGAGCUUUCUCACCAAGUACAGGAGCCCAAGUUUCUGGGUUUUCUUCCUCUUCCUCUUUGGAUUUCUCGGCAUGCUCAAGCUCGGCUUCAAUUUAAACACUUUGAUCUCCUUUUCUCCUUACCCAUGUACCACAACCACAACCCACUUCCAGGCCUUGGUCUCCUCAAAUGGGUAUUUGAAAUCACACAUGAGUAUUGCUUCAAAUGAAAAUGGUCAGAAAGCUGAGGUCUUUGAUAGUUUGACUCAUUCACUCCCCCUGAUUCUAAAGGAGGAGGAGGAGCCCAAACCAGAACCGAACAGUGAUAAGACAGUAAGUGAGUUCUGGAAGCAACCAGAUGGUUUGGGGUAUAGGCCAUGCUUGGAUUUCACCCGGGACUAUCAGAAGGCGAGUGAGGUGACAGUCAAGGACAGGACUAAAUACCUGAUGGUUGUGGUUGCUGGAGGGCUGAACCAGCAAAGGAACCAGAUUGUUGAUGCUGUUGUUAUUGCUAGGAUUCUUGGGGCUGCUUUGGUCGUUCCCAUCUUGCAAGUCAAUGUCAUCUGGGGAGAUGAAAGUGAAUUUUCUGAUAUAUUUGAUAUGGAGCACUUCAAGAAAGUUCUUGCUGAUGAUGUCCGUAUAGUUUCUUCACUGCCAUCAACACAUAUAAUGACAAGGCCAGUGGAGGAGAAACGGACUCCUCUUCAUGUUUCUCCUAGUUGGAUUCGGUCACGCUAUCUCAAGAGGAUUAAAAGAGAAGGGGUUUUGCUUCUAAGAGGCUUGGAUUCAAGGCUCUCUAAGGAUCUUCCUUCUGAUCUUCAGAAGCUUCGAUGCAAGGUUGCUUUUCAUGCAUUGAGGUUUGCUCCUCCAAUUUUGGGAAUUGGCAACAAGCUUGCGGAGAGGAUGCGUAGCAAGGGACCCUACCUUGCCCUUCAUCUAAGAAUGGAGAAGGAUGUAUGGGUAAGGACUGGUUGCCUUCCUGGUCUCAGUCAUGAAUACGAUGAGAUAGUAAACAGUGAAAGGAUACAACGGCCUGAGCUCCUCACUGGACGAUCAAACAUGACUUACCACGAAAGAAAACUUGCUGGUCUCUGCCCUUUGAAUUCCUUGGAAGUGACUAGGUUGCUAAAAGCUCUAGGAGCUCCUAAAGAUGCAAGAAUAUAUUGGGCUGGAGGGGAGCCACUGGGCGGAAAAGAAGCCUUGCUUCCAUUAACCCGGGAAUUUUCCCAUUUUUACAACAAGGAAGAUCUUGCUUUGCCUGGUGAGCUAGAACCUUUUGCAAAAAGAGCUUCUGUCAUGGCUGCCAUUGAUUAUAUAGUUUCCGAGAACAGUGAUGUCUUCAUGCCGUCUCAUGGGGGAAAUAUGGGUCAUGCACUCCAGGGACAACGUGCCUAUGCUGGCCACAAGAAGUAUAUAACACCAGACAAAAGGCAUAUGCUUCCUUAUUUUCUGGACUCUUUGCUCCCUGAAGCAGAGUUUAAUAGGAUCAUAAAGGAGUUGCACCGUGAUUCCUUAGGGCAGCCAGACAUUCGUAUUAGCAAAGUUGGAAGAGAUGUUACAAAGUAUCCCAUCCCGGAGUGUAUGUGCAGUGAUUCUCAUGCUCAUCCCCAAUUGUGAGUCAACGCUGAAUUUUCCAGUAUAGCAACUGCUGCAUACUAAAAUCGAAACUUCUCGAUCAGCAAAUCCUUGAAUUUGAGCCCUUUGAAAAGUGGAUAUUCUCCAGGGCAGUGAUGGUUCUUCGGAUAGCCAAUUUUUCAGAGCAACUGCGGUACUACCAAUCAUUGUGAGUUUUCUCACUUAUUCUUCCAUAUUCCUUUGAGACUAAUUCAAGCAAAUCAAGAAGACGCGCCUUUAAGGCAAUAGUCUAUGGUUCUGUGCAAGGCAGAAAAGAGGGAAGAAGGCCUCAUAAAUUCUUUGAUUCGUUUUAGGAACAAUUCGUUUAGGAUAUAAUUAUAGUAUUAUACCAUAUUGGUUUCGUUAAUUCUUUGUAUUAUAGAACAAGCAUGUAAUUAAAUUAGUAUAUAUAAUCUAAAGUGAUAAUCUCUUGAUCC